UCCCUUUCCUUCCUCCCUCCCUCCCUCUGGGCGGCGGCGGUGCGGCCAUGGCGGUGGCGGUGGUGCGGGACGGCGGCUCCGCGCUGCCCCACGGCUUCUGGGCGGCGGUGCGCGUCUGGCUGGAGAAGCCGCAGGUGGCCAACAGGCGGCUGUGCGGCGCCGCCAUCGAAGCGGAGGGGCCGGUGCGGCUCGGGGAGGCCGGCGGAGCGGCUCCGCCCGCCCCGAGGGGCGGCGGCGGCGGGCAGGAGGCGCUGGAGCGGCUGUGGCGGGAGGUGCGGAGCCAGCUGCCAGCGGGGCGCGGCGACCUGGUGCUGCCGCCGCCGCCCCUCAGGGCCUGGGGCGGGCCGGGCCGCGGCGCCCAGCUCCACGCGGUGCUGCGGGCGCUGCUGCCGCGGGCGCCGGCGCAGGCGGCGCCGCCGAGGGAGCUGGUGGUCCAAGAUACCUUUAAUGGGACUGUGACCUUUCUACCUUUGGAGGAAAACAGUGAAGGAAAGUACCAGAUUAAAAAGUGCAAUAUUUAUCAAAUUCAACUUACGCACAUAAAAGAUGAGGAAUGGUCUAUGUCUAUUGUAGUGUUAUCUUCAGAAAAUUGGUUUUCAGAUGGAAUUGCAUACCCCAAAUUAGCAUGGCUUGGAAAUGAGCUGCUGUCCAAACUGGCCAAAUGGUCUGUGGAGAAAAAGCACAGUGAGUUUAAAAGUACGCUCUCACUCAUUCCUGUGGCAAAGUACAGCAAAAUUUAUCAGGAACUUAAAGAAAAAUACAGAGAGAUGGUAAAGGUGUGGCCUGAAGUAACGGAUCCUGAGAAAUUUGUAUAUGAAGAUGUUGCCAUUGCUGCUUAUCUGCUGGUUCUUUGGGAAGAAGAGAGAAAGGAGAAGGGAUUGUCCAAGAAACAGUCAUUUGUAGAUCUCGGCUGUGGAAACGGUCUACUGGUUCAUAUUUUAAACAAUGAAGGGCAUUCAGGUAGAGGCAUUGAUGUGAGGAGAAGAAAAAUAUGGGACAUGUAUGGAUCAGAAACUCAUUUAGAGGAAUGUACGAUCAUUCCAGGUGACAGUCAGCUCUUCCCCGAUAUUGACUGGUUGAUAGGAAACCAUUCAGAUGAAUUAACACCGUGGAUACCUGUAAUUGCAGCUAGGUCUUCCUAUUCUUGUUGCUACUUUGUGCUGCCAUGCUGCUUUUUUGAUUUCCAUGGAAAGUAUAGCCGAAAGCAAAGCAAGAAGACUCAGUACAGAGAAUAUCUUGAUUUUGUUUCCCAAGUGGGAUUGGUAUCUGGCUUUCAUGUAGAAGAAGAUUGCCUUAGAAUUCCCUCAACUAAAAGGGUGUGCCUUAUUGGGAAAAACAGGACCUAUCCACCUGUGCAAUGUGCUCUGAUUGACAAGCAGAUAACACAAUAUAUUCAUAAUCGUCGGACUUGUGCUGUGGUCACAUAUGACAGAAGAGCUGGAUUUAAUCAUAAUGAUGCCUCUGACAAUGUGUGCAAAGAAGCAGACACUGAAUUUCCUGGAAAUGAGACUGAGACCACUGGUAGAAUUUGGAUGCCUGGAUUUCAACCCAGGGAAAAAGUAGAACAAGUCAGAAAUUGUGCUGCUCUUCCUCGGGAUUUUGUAGAUGAUGUGGUUUUGAAUGUGGCAAACUUGCUGUUAAAUUCAACCCAAGAAAAAUCCUGCUAUAAUACAUGUGGCACAAGUAUGAACACUUGGAAUCAAGGAGAAAACCUUUCCUUGAAAGAAGUAGCAGAGCACUUAAAUAAAGAGACUUUAAAAAGGCUAAAGAGUGAAUAUGGAGGCCUGCAGACACUGCUCAAGAACAACCAUCAAGUAUUUGAAGUUCUAAAUGGGAGAGUUUGCAUUCGUGACUGGAGAAAAGAGAAACCAUCAAGGAAAAACAGGCCUGAAGUAAAACGACGCCUUUCAGCUGAAGCAUUUAAAACACGUCUCUGUUGGUUUUUCAUUCACCAUCCUGAUGGUUGUUCUUUGCCUUCUGAAUCUUGUCCAUAUGCUCAUGGGACUGAGGAGCUACGACAGUCUCAGAUUAUGAAAAAGAAAAAGCACACACAAUAAUAAAAUGCUGCAAUUUAUUUUUAAA